AUGUAUCCUUGGUGUCCAGUAGGUCCUAUGUAUCCUUGGUAUCCUGUAGGUCCUAUGUAUCCUUGGUGUCCAGUAGGUCCUAUGUAUCCUUGGUAUCCAGUAGGUCCUAUAUAUCCUUGGUAUCCAGUAGGUCCUAUGUAUCCUUGGUAUCCAGUAGGUCCUAUGUAUCCUGUAGGUCCUAUGUAUCCUUGGUAUCCAGUAGGUCCUAUGUAA